GUCAAUAAUUCGCGGGAAAAAGAGAACAUGAACAUGGCGAGAGAGCUCCAGCCUGCUGUGUCAGACUGACUGACAGCCUCACCUUCCCUGACUGACAUCCUCAUCAUCCAUUACUACAGGAGUAUCACACUGACUGACAGCCUCACCAUCCCUGACUGACAGCCUCAUCAUCCCUGACUGACAGCAUCAUCAUCCCUGACUGACAGCCUCAUCAUCCCUGACUGACAGCCUCAUCAUCCAUUACUACAGGAGUAUCACACUGACUGACAGCCUCACCAUCCCUGACUGACAGCCUCAUCAUCCCUGACUGACAGCCUCAUCAUCCAUUACUACAGGAGGAUCACACUGACUGACAGCCUUACCAUCCCUGACUGACAGCCUCAUCAUCCAUUACUACAGGAGGAUCACACUGACUGACAUCCUCAUCAUCCAUUACUACAGGAGGAUCACAUUGACUGACAGCCUCACCAACCCUGACUGACAGCCUCACCAUCCCUGACUGACAGCCUCACCAUCCCUGACUGGAUUAAUAUUUUCUAUUACUAUUAUUGCUGUCAGAAGGCGCGAACUGGCUGCCCUGAGCAAGUGGUCCUUAAGAGGUGAUGGAAGAAACCAACUUGGACCCUGCGCUCAGAGAUGUUUGUGUUACCUGCAGUCACCGGCAACAAGCUGUCCCAGAGUCCUCGAUGAAGAAUGGGCACGGGUGUACGGAGUUGAUGGCCAGUCAGGCUGAAGGACAAUAUGUGCUGUGUCGAUGGACAGAUGGAUUGUAUUACCUUGGGAAGAUAAAACGAGUCAGCAGCUCUAAGCAGAGUUGUCUUGUCACAUUUGAAGAUAAUUCAAAAUACUGGGUCCUCUGGAAAGACAUUCAGCAUGCUGGCAUCCCUGGAGAAGAGCCAAAGUGCAACAUAUGUUUGGGAAAUACAUCCGUCCCUCUGGAUGAAAUUCUUAUCUGCGGAAAGUGCGGUUUAGGUUAUCACCAGAAGUGCCACAUUCCAGUUGUGGAUAGUACGGACAGUUGUCUUAUUGACCCCUGGUUCUGCAGGAGAUGUAUCUUUGUUCUGGCUGUCAGGAAAGGAGGCGCCUUGAAGAAAGGGCCAAUCGCAAAAACCCUGCAGGCGGUAAAAAUGUUUUUGACUUACAACCCUGACGAGCUUGACUGGGAUUCACCACACAGAACGAACCAGCAACAGUGUUACUGUUAUUGCGGAGGACCCGGAGAAUGGUACUUGAAGAUGAUCCAAUGUUUCCGGUGCAGCCAGUGGUUCCAUGAAGCUUGCAUCCAGUGCCUUAACGAGCCCAUGAUGUUUGGGGACAGAUUUUAUCUGUUCUUCUGCUCUGUGUGUAACGAUGGCUCCGAAUUCCUGAAGCGGCUGCCGUUGAGAUGGGUAGAUCUCGUACAUCUUGCCUUGUACAACCUGGGAGUACUCAGCAAAAAGAAAUAUUUUGACUUCGAAGAGAUCCUGAAUUUUGUGAAUGAAAACUGGUUCCAUUUGCAGCUGGGGAAGCUGUCAAUCGCCCCAGCAGAAGAUAGAGGGCAACAUCUGCUGGAAGCAUUAAACAGCUAUAAGAGCAGGUUCCUUUGCGGCAAAGAAAUAAAAAGAAAGAAGUGCAUCUUCCGGCUGAGAAUCCGUGUGCCUCCAAGUCCACCAGGAAAGCUGCUUCCCGACAAGGGGACAGUUCAGACAGAGAGCAGAUCUACUGACCCGAAGAAGAGAGGAAGAAGCAAAUAUUCCCAUAAGAACAGCUUGUUGCCACAUGAAUGUCAGCGGCAGAAAAAGAGAGGUAUUCGAAGGAAACCAGCCAAAUUUCUUCUGGAAGAUGCUAUUCCAAGCAGUGAUUUUACAUCUGCCUGGAGCACAAACCACCAUCUGGCCAGCAUCUUUGACUUUACUCUGGAUGAAAUCCAAAGUUUGAAAAGCGCAAGCUCAGGACAGAACUUCACCUCGGACUUAGAUUCUAAUGAUGCAGCCAGCACAUCUGGAUCUGCUUCCACCAGCCUGUCUUACGAGUCAAGGGGUAAUGUUGGUAGCCGGAAGAGAAAGUUGGCCACCAAAAUGUACUCCUCCGUGGAGUCGAAGAAACGAGCUUUGGAGCACACGGAGAGGCAGAACAGCUGUGUGACCGAAUCCUUAGAAUAUCCCAGGACCUCUGAUUUUCAAGAUAAUGGUGUCGACAGCCACACCUUUGAAAGCAUCAGUGAAGAUGACACGUGCCUCUCCCACUUGAAAUCUUCCAUCACCAGUUAUUUCGGAGCGGCUGGGAGGUUGGCAUGCGGCGAAAAAUAUCAGGUGUUGGCCCGCAGGAUAACGCCCGAGGGCAAAGUUCAGUAUUUGGUCGAGUGGGAAGGAACCACUCCUUAUUGACCCAAACAUGUAUUACGUUAGGACCAAUCAUAAAAAAAAAAAAAGA